AUGUUGCUUGGAAUGGAUCACGCUUUGAGACUCUAUAAUAACCCCGAAAUCACAAGAAGGGAAAUAAUAAAAGCAAUGGAAAACUAUAAAGGUCUUAAUUGGAAGGUAGAGCCUUUUGUGUUUAAUGAUGGAACGUCCCGAGAUUUGGUUAAUCUUCAAGGUACUAUUCCUGUAAAUUAUAAAGGAUCUGUAUACAACAUUCCAAUAUGCAUUUGGCUGAUGGAUACGCAUCCUGACACCCCUCCAAUAUGUUAUGUUAAACCAACUCCAGACAUGCAAAUAAAAAUGUCCAUGUAUGUUGAUCAUAGUGGAAAAAUUUAUCUUCCAUAUUUACAUGAUUGGCACCGAUCAUCUUCUGAUUUAUUGGGGCUUAUUAUUGUUAUGAUAUGUGCUUUCGGAGAAUACCCUCCCGUUUUUGCAAGACCACGAACUGAUAGCACACCUUAUCCAACACAACCAAGUUAUAUGCCAAUGCCAGGAAGCUGUUAUCCGGCAUAUCCUGCAACUCCUACUCCUACUCAAUAUCCCCAGCCUCAGUAUGGGAACACACCUUAUCCACAAAUGCCUCCUACCCCUCUUCGACCUCCUCCAACACCAACACAACAUUACAUGCCACAAGCAUCUCCACCUGCAGUACCUAGUGGUAAUUCUGGUACAAUUACUGAUGCUCACAUUCGUGAAUCACUUAUGUCCGCUUUGGAACACAAGAUAAAACAAAGACUACAAGAGCAUUUAGGUCAGUCUAAAGCCGAAUUGGAUAUUUUGCAACAUACUGCAAAUGAACUAACUCAUGGUAAAGCAAAACUUGAUGCUAUUAUUGAAAAGUUAAAAAAAGAAAAGUUGGAACUUGAGAGGACUAUAAACGUUCUCAAGGAAAAGGAUGCUGAACUUGACAAGGCUAUUGCUGAAAUAGGAGAACAAGGUGAAGUUGAUGUAGAUGAAGCUGUGACCACUACAACACCUCUUUACAAACAGAUACUGAAUACAUAUGCUGAAGAAGCAGCCCUCGAAGACACUAUAUAUUACAUAGGGGAAGCUUUAAGGAGAGGAGUAAUUGAUCUAGAUGUAUUUUUAAAACAAAUUCGAACCUUAUCUCGCAAACAAUUCAUGUUACGUGCUUUGAUGCAAAAGUGUAGACAAAAAGCUGGAUUAGCCUGUUGA